GCAUGGCAGAGAAGAUGGAAGUCGAUGCCGUGAAUGGCGAGAAACAGGAAGAGAGCGCAGGGCCAGCACCAGAUCUGCCGCCGGAGCGCAUCAUUCAGAACAACCUCACGUUCAUAAACCAGGCCGUCGACAACUUCGACUCGCGAUUCACGCUGCGCGCACUCCGGAGCAUAUCGACGCUGCGAAAGGCGCCUACAUUUCCCGAAGCCAUCGUCCUGGGCAUCCGGACAGCAUAUCCUAACCCAUCCAAUCGAGGGCGGCAGAUAUUGGAGGAGCUGUUGCCGGAGGAGCACAGAAAGCAGACGAAUGGCACAGCAUCGCCAGCAAAGAGCAAGGACGGAGCAGAACAAGAUCCGCAUCCAGAAGUCUGGUCGUAUCUAGGUGUUCUGCUGCAGGUUUAUCUAUUCGACAACCGCGAGUUCGAGAAGGGUGCAGACUUCAGCGGAAAUUUUGUGGAGCGCAUCCGCAGCUGGAAUCGCCGCACGCUCGACCAGAUUGGCGCCAAGGCAUACUUCUACUACCAGCUGUUCCACGAGAAUCUUCACCCGAAGCCGCCGUCAAAGCAGUCGCACGUCGUUGAGCUUCGCCCGAAGCUGCUUGCUGCUCUAAGGUCUGCUGUCCUCCGAAAGGACAACGAUACCCAGGCUGCUGUGACUGUUCUGCUCCUUCGCAACUACAUCAGCACCGCCGACAUCACCCAAGCCGAUCUCCUCGUUGCACAAACACAGUUCCCGACGACCGCGUCAAACAACCAAUUUUGCCGCUACUUCUACUACAUCGGUCGUAUCCGCGCCAUCCAGCUCGCCUACACUCAAGCACACGAGCAUCUGGAAUCCGCUACCCGCAAGUCGCCAACGAAUGGUCCCGCUGUCGGCUUCUACCAACAAGCUACCAAGCUCUUGAUAGUCGUGGAGCUGUUGAUGGGUGACAUUCCUGAGCGCAGUCUAUUCCGACAGGCGCCUCUUGAAGCUGCUCUAUACCCAUAUCUGAAGCUCGUACAAGCUGUUCGCGUUGGAGACUUGCAAGCAUUCUUGAAGUGCGUAAGUCUCAACGAGGCACAGUUCCGCCAGGAUGGCACGUACACCCUUAUUUUGCGUCUGCGUCAAAACGUCAUCAAGACUGGUGUUCGCAUGCUCUCACUUUCUUACAGCCGCAUCAGUUUACGAGAUAUCUGCACUCGUCUGGGCGUGGACAGCGAAGAGUCGGCGGAAUACAUCACGGCAAAGGCGAUCAGAGAUGGUGUCAUCGAAGCAUCGCUGGAUCACCAGAACGGACACAUGGUGACCGUACCGCAGAAGGACGCAUACAGCACGACAGAGCCUAGCGAUGCCUUCCACGCCCGUAUAAGCGCUCUGCUCAACAUGAGAGACGAAUGCGUCAUGGCAAUGCGAUACCCCAUGAACAAGCACAGACAAGAGAUCGCAGAAGCUGCCAAGGCGCGUGAGCGAGAGCGAGAGUUGGCCAAGGAGAUCAUCGAAGGUGAGGGAGAUGCAGAUGAUGGUGACGAGGGCGGCUUUGAAGGUAUGUAAUGGUCUCCCAUGCUACUGAUUUAUUAGCCGUCAUACGGCAUGGUGGCUGCACUGCAACAAAAAGCUGUAAUAUAGACCAAUCGAUAGAGAUGCUACGAGCUCCCAAGCUCGAGAAGUUCGAGUUCAAGCUCC